AUGGUUGAAGCACUGUUCAGCGUAUUGUGGCAUUCUGUCUCAUUCAUCAACCUACAGACUUUAGGAAUUUUAUUAUUCGGAAUUUAUUUUUAUCGUCUAAUCAAAAUAUGUUACAACUACUCAAUUGGAAGAAUAUUAUUUUCAAAACGGAAAAACUUAAAAUAUUCCGGUGAAUGGGCAAUUGUGACUGGUGCCACUGAUGGAAUAGGCAAAGCAUAUGCAGAGGAAUUAGCUAGUGAUGGUUUAAAUAUUAUGUUAAUAAGCAGAAAUUUGGAAAAAUUAAAAAAUGUAGCCGACAAAAUCGAAUCGUUUUAUCAUGUGAAAACGCGUAUUGUUGUUGCUGAUUUCACACAAAAUAAUAUUUAUGAGUCAAUUGAAAAAGAAAUAGCUGAACUAUCAUCUAUUGCUUGCCUUGUGAAUAAUGUUGGCAUGAGUUAUCCAUAUUUUGAAAAUUAUGCAGAUGCUAAAUUUAUGAAUAUUAAUUUUAUUCAAGAUUUAAUCGCUUGCAAUACUCAAUCAGUAGCAACAAUGACCUAUUUAGUCUUACCGAAAUUGCUAAAACAAAAGAAGAAUAAUUCAGCUAUUAUAAAUAUUGGUUCAUUUUUAGGUUGCUUACCAUCACCCUGUAAUUCAUUAUAUGGUUCAACGAAAGCUUUUAUUCAUCAUUUUUCAAAAUCAAUUGCGGCGGAACUCAAUCCUCCCGGUAAUAAAGUGAUUAUUCAAACAGUUUGUCCACUUUUUGUUGCAACAGCAAUGUCACGUGCAAGCAAGGCAUCAUUCUUUAUACCAUCACCUCGUGAUUAUGCUAAAAGUGCAUUAAAUAUGUUAGGUGUGGAAGAAUUCACAACAGGUUGUUUUGCUCAUGCACUACAAAGUUACGUAUUAACUUCACUACCUUUAUCAUGGGUUUAUGAUAAGUAUAAGAAAAUUGCUGCAAAAGCACGUAGAAAAUAUCAAUAA